AUGACCACUGCCAUCAGGCUGACCAGGAGGAACAGACACAGGUACUUCAUGGUUGUAGUGAGUCGGGAGUCUCACGUCUAUUUUCUCUCUUUCUUUCUCUCUUUCUUUCUCUCUUUCUUUCUUUCUCUCUUUCUUUCUCUCUCUGGGCCCACAGCCAACGCUAUCCUGGAGAUGUCGAAGGAGAAGCCGGCAGAGCGUAAUCUGGACCGCCAUGCCCUGCAGUUCACAGCCUCUGUGCAGCGAGUAGAAAUGGAACUUUCCAGCCAGAUCCGCUACCUCACCCAGGUCGCCACGGGGCAGCCUCACGAAGGCUCCAGCUAUUCCGCCAGGAAGGAUGCGCAGAUGGCGGUCAACCGGGUGGAGUACACGCACGUCAAAGUCCGAGACCUAGCCAGGUCCUGCGACCAGAUGCUGGAGCAGCCGUGAACAGGACUGUGGGGAGGGGGGUGGUGGGGGAGGGGGCAAGGGGAGUCUGGGAGGUCGGGGGUGGGGGUGGUCAAUGAGGUUUGUGAGGAACCUUUCUCUCUCUCCCCCCUCUUCCCCCCCCCCACCCCCAUCGAUCUCUACAUCCUUUGCUCUCCACCCCACACCCCCCUCCCCUCCCCCAGUUUGUAGACUGUGGAGCCUCCCCAAACCUUCAUCCCCGCCCCUCCCCUGCCUCCAGGUCUGGGGGGGUAUUGGGGGUGGGGAGGGGGGAAUUGCUUGGGCAAGCGGCUCUUUCUUUCAGAAGGACCCUUCUGUCCUCAGCGUCAUCUCAACGCUCUCACCCUACCCCACCUCACUCAGACCCUCGCCAAAGAGGGCAUUUACUCGCACCCCACCCCUGUCUCUCUCUCGCUCUCUCUCNUCUCUCUCUCUCUGUUUCUCUCUUUGCCCUCUCUUUAUCUCUGGCUUUCUUUCUCUCUCCCUUCAUUCCUCUCUCUUUCACUCUCUUCAACCCCUCCAUCACCCCCAGCCCUAACUCUGUCAGCCCCACUCUGCCCCUAACCCUCCCAGCAAUGCUGGCUCUUCCCUGUGGCCCUCACUACCCCUUGGGGGUGGGGGGGGGUUGGGUGGUUGGCUAUGCGAUCAGACAUCGGCAAAUGUGGACUUAAGUCUUGGUUGAUUUUCUGAUCCAUCGAACGCAGUCUCUCUCCGUCCGUCCAUCCAUCCCUCCACUCUCUCCCGCUCUCUCCGUCCCUCCCUCUCUCACCCUCCCUUCCUCUCUCACCCUCUCUCCUCUUUCCCUCACUCCGUCCCUCCCUGCUCUCUCGUAUAUUACUUGCAGCGGUUAGUGAGCCUAUGGAUGUGGUACUCAGAUGUUGCUGUAUCCAUGCUGUUAUUUUGAUGUUACAGUAUUGUUUUGUACUCGGGUUUCUGUGUCCGAAGACCAGGAGAGACCCCUAGCCCCCUCUUCCAGAAUAAACAGCCUGCAGCAUGUCUCUCA